CUUUCAGGCGUUCCUUGUCCACAUGGCUGGGUGCGAUUUAAGGCAUACUGCUAUCUUGUCAGUAACUCCAUCAAGACUUGGCAAAAUGCCCAAGCGUACUGUAAAGAACUGGGAGGAAAUCUGGUGAAAAUAAACAGCCAGGAAGAAAACGAGUUUGUACUAAACCUGGUAAACAAGCUCGCCCCAUCGUUGAAGCAGAUUUCGAUCGGACUCGAGCGGGAUUCUCACCUAAAGGCCUUCGUGUGGUACGAUCAUUCUGUUCCUACAUUCACCAAAUGGUCCCCAAAUGAACCAAAUGGAAAUGCUAAGGAGCCUUGUAGCAACAUGUGGACUGGUCACGCAGGGAGUUCUGUUAGGGCAAUCAAUCAAUCAAUCAAUCAAUCAAUAAUCUUUAUUUAUACACGAUAAGUAUUAAAGCGACGCUUCGCUUGUGCAUCUGGCGACUGGAAUGACCUCACUUGUUGGGUUCCUGGUUUACCCUGUGGUCUUGUCUGCAAGAGGCUGCCCUAG